UUUUUAAGGUGUAAAGUAAAUGUAAAUGGAGCAUUUUGCAAUUUUCCAUAACAUAUUGCAAAGUUUAAAAUUAAUGGUGCACUGAUAGACCAGACUCUAGUAAUCCACCCUAUAAGCCCCCCUUUUUAUCACAGAUGUCCGCCGUUAGACGCAAGUUGGUUUGAAAUGAGAGAGAAGAGAGGUUCCAAGCCUUCCACUUCAACCUCUCCCUGUUCCCUUCUUAGAGACGCAUACCACAAUUGCUUCCACAGGUGGUAUACGGAGAAAUUCGUUAAGGGUCAAUAUGACAAAGAAGAAUGUAUUUCCGAAUGGCAAAAAUACAAAGCUUGCCUUUCUGAGCAUUUGGAAGAUAAGCAUAUGAUUCGUUUAUUAGAAGCUGAAAACGUUGUUGUUCGUGACAGUGCCGAUGCUACUUCUCAGUAACUCGAACCGUAAGCAUAUCCCAUUUUUGCUGCGAAUGACAGAGAAUCGGUUAUCAAUUUAGUAGCUUAUGAACAUUCUGUUGUUUGAAUUAUGAUAGAUUCAUAGAAACUUAGGGUGAGUCCUUGGUAUAGAAAAAGCGGCUAUAGAGAUGUUAUAGCAUAGCUUCUACAAUGUGCUAUUUGGUGCAAAAUGUAGCCAAAUACAAAGUCCUUAACAUGGCAUAAAUAGUUUUGAUAAUGGAACCGGCGACAAUUAUUUUGCAUUUGUGUUUGCUUAUUUUUCCUGCA